UGAAACCGGCCCUCGCUCGCGUUUUUGCCAACUGCAGAUAAAGCUCGGCUGCGCUUCAAUUAUAAAUGGAAAGCUGGGCAAAAAAACAAUUUAAUUGCAAUUUGUACAAAGAAAUGAUUAUUGCAAGUUUGUUGUGUGUGAGAGAGUGUGCAAAAAUAAAUGUUUUUUAAGAAAUAGGUGCAGAAAUAAGUUCGGGAACCUUUGCAAAUGUGCAUCUAACUGUUUAAUACAUAUUUUAACAAAAAAAUUCCCCGUAAAUUGCAAUCAAUUAAAUUGGUAUCAAAAUGCCAAAUGCCAUGGAAAUAACAACAAAUGCCAGUGAAUCGAAUAAACCAUUCAAAGUCAAGGACGUCACGCGGAACAUUAAAAAAGCAGUCUGCGCCUCGAGCCUAGAGGAAAUUCGCGCCAAGGUGGCUGAGAAAUUUGAGAAAUGUGAACACCAGCCGACUAUUCAUUUGGACUCGGAUGGAACCGAGAUCGACGAUGAAGAGUAUUUUCGCACCCUAGAUGAAAACACUGAACUGGUGGCUGUCUUUCCAGGCGAGCAUUGGAUAGAUCCAACGCAUUACGUGACAAUAACCACACCGAAUGGCACCACCAAUGGCAGCAUCUCUGGCAAUGCGGAGAAUGGAGAUACAACAGAUGCGAAUAACACAGAGUCGGCAAGAAUUCGUCAAUUGGUUGGCCAACUGCAGAAUAACUUGUGCAAUGUUUCUGUUAUGAAUGAUGCGGACUUGGAUUCGUUGUCGAACAUGGAUCCCAAUUCAUUGGUGGACAUAACAGGCAAGGAGUUUAUGGAGCAGCUUAAGGAUGCGGGCAGACCCCUUUGUGCCAAGCGAAAUGCCGAAGAUCGUCUGAAUCUCUUGAAGUUGCUGAAAGCAGGUGCUAUAUUUUGCUCGGAACGAUAUCCGGAAGAUGCUGAGGCCAUUGAUCGUGAGAUUGGUCGCCAGCUGAAUGAGGUAGAGAGCGGCCAGGUGACUGCAACAGCUGCCAGCAAUACACGCACCAUCGAGGUGGUGCAGUGCGACAAUCAAAAUACCACAAUCACCAUAACUGUGGCUGAGGCGAUCACUUGCAGCACCGCUGAAGCAACCACAAACGAGGCGGCGGCCAACGCAGCUGCCAAUGAGGCGAACGCCAAUGCCAAAGCAAAUGGAAAUGGAAACGAUGGCGACAUCUGACUACCCAUUUUGGGCAGCCUUAGAUGAAGCCUGGCCGACGAGAAGUCGGCAAACUAAGGAGCAGCAAGAGAGAACGAGAGAUAGUAUGAGAUGGGCGAUGGCAAUUUUAUCAAAAGAUGUUUCACAGAAUUAUAGAAAUCAAGAAAUCAGUCCUGCAACAUUGGGUUAACAUACACGUAUUUGUAGCAAAUAAAUCAAUACAAAAUAUAGAGCGAAACAUAACGAGAUCUUCUGAAAAUGCUUCGUAGAAUUUAAGAGCAAAUGAAAGUUAACGAAAUAUUACACGUAUUAGCAUUAAAUCGUCAGAUGGUUGAACUUAAAUGUCAGCAAUGAAUAUAUUUCAAUUUGCGCUGCAUACUAAAAGAAAACACAAAUAUGUAUUCACAAUUGCAACUGACAUGAAUAAUUGUUAAAUUGGGAAUUUACUUCAGAAAGUUGACAGUUUCUCAUUUUCUUGCAUUUUUUUAAACUGGCAGAUAUUUCUCUUCUGAGUUUCACUUUCGAAUCAAAAUGAUUUCGAAGCUGGAAUUGAGAACAGAUCUAUACACAAAAAAAAAAAAAAAAAAAUUUCAAUUAAAACAAGAAAAACUUUCGUAGUUAAAAUUUGCUGACAAUUUUGUCAAAGCACCUGGAAAUAAUAAUUAAAUCAAAAUAAAACGAUAACAAUAAAUUUAAAAAGAACAGAAAUAAUAACAAAUUAUAUAUAUCAUCUAUGAGUCAUAGAAGACAAGAAUAUAUCAUGUUCAUUUUACUGCAUUAGUUAAAGAAUAUAGAAAAGCAAAACUUAAUUGUUCACUUCUGAUGGUUGCCUCAGAAGCAAAUCGAAGUAGUGGCUAUAAGAAUCCAAUUGAAACCCUGAACGAAUAGUUAGAAAUCAGAAUUGAAACUCAUUUUGAAUGUUGACGUGAUUUAAGGGUAUUAUUAUCAUUAUCAUUGCAUGCUAUUGUUUUGCCUAAGAUAAAUUUGGGUUGAUAUGAUAUUGAUACGUUCUGGGCAAUUAGGUUAGUAUGUUUGAUAAUAUGAAGAGACGCACACAACAAAUUGUUUUUAGACUAAUGCCAUUGAAAAUGUCAUUUGUUGAAGCCAAUUGAGACUGACUGUACUUAUGGGUAAUACUUAUUUCGAUGACGGUACGAUAUCAACUAAAUGAUUGUACUCGACCUGGUUUGAAAUUGCUUCAAGUGAACCUCCCACAAAUGUAUAAUAAUACUACUACUACUUAUAUAUGGUAUAUUGUAGCCACACAGGACAAAACGUGAAGAAUUUAAAAGUAAACAGCAUUGAACACUAAAUAUUAGUAAAAAUUUAAACAAUAAAC